AUAACUUUCACCUUCUGUUGCCAGACUUGUAUAGGCAGGAUGUCUCAACUCGUGACGGUAAUUCACUUCAGUGGUCACCAGUACCUCCGACACCGCUUGGUCCUUUCCAUCCUGAGCGGAAAGCCUGUCAAGAUUGACAAAAUCCGUCCGGACGACAAGAAUCCUGGCCUUCGAGACUAUGAGGUUAGCCUUCUGCGGCUAUUGGAGCGCGUCACAAAUGGGACAGUCAUUGAAAUUUCGGUCACCGGUACCGCCAUCUUGGUGAAGCCAGGGAUUAUCGCUGGAGGGACUGUUGUUCACGACUGUCCUCUUUCGCGCUCUAUUGGCUACUUCCUCGAGCCAGCUGUGAUGCUUGCUCCGUUCUCCAAAAAGCCUUUGCAGUUGACACUGCGAGGGAUAACUUCCGACGACCGUGACCUAUCUGCAGACCUCAUCCGAACAGUUACCCUUCCACAUCUUCAGUUGUUUGGUAUUUCCGAAGGCUUAGAACUGCGCAUUAAGAAGCGUGGCGCACCACCUUUGGGUGGAGGUGAAGUGCAAUUUCUUUGUCCCAUUGUGAAGCAAGUCAAGACCAUGAACUUCGUCGACCGAGGGAGGGUCAAGCGCAUACGAGGCAUCGCUCAUGCCGUUCGUGUCAGCCCACAGUUCUCUAAUCGAAUGAUUGAGGCUGCGCGGUCUGUCCUCAAUCGCUAUAUUCCAGACAUUUAUUUGUACUCGGACGUUUACAAGGGUGAAGACAGCGGCAAAUCUCCCGGUUAUGCAUUGAGCUUGCUGGCUGAGUCAACGACGGGCGUAAUACGCUCCGCGGAAGCCGUCUCGGUCCCUGGUGGUACCCCAGAAGAUGUCGCCUUGACGGCGUCACGAGCUUUGUUGUCAGAAAUUCGCAGAGGCGGUUGCGUCGACAAGCAACACCAGACCCUUGUGCUACUCAUGAUGGUACUAGGCAGUGAAGAUGUCGGUCGAUGCAAAAUGGGUGAGCCGACGCCUCGAACCAUUCAGUUUCUGCGCGAUGUUCACCAAGCGUUCAGCACGUCAUUCAAAAUCGUACCCGCGGACAAGUCAGAACAGGGGUCCUCGGAACUACUAUUCUCUUGUUAUGGCACUGGUUAUGUCAACGCGAACAGGACUGUCGCUUAGACGCCAUCUAGUCCAACGUCUACCUAUGGUAUAUGCAAAGUUAGGUACAUAUCCAGCAGUUACUUGUAGAUGAUCGCGACUUGGCCGAACUCUGCCUCAUCUCCACUGCCACCAACUAUCCUCAGCCAUUGUUCCAACACCGGCAACCCGACUUCGAACCGCGUACACAGCUCGUCCGUGUGGUGCUCCCCAUCCAGCAAUGCGACUAAGUCUGGCGGAUAUGGUGGUCCCGGGGCCUGCAGCGGAGCCAGCAGUGCGGACGGAGAUCUUGAGAGGCGCGGGCGGGAGAUCGUCGCAACGGAGAGCCCGCCGCUGGAGUGUUCGCUGUCGACCAGAUCUGCGCCGGUGACGAUGUCCGGUGACAUUUUAAUCAGUGCGCGGGGGGAAGGCGGUGUGAUCUGUUGGCCUGUAUGUCGCCGGAAAUAGUCAGCCGUGAUCGUCGCGAUACUGUCUGAGCGCUGCCCGCGCGUGCGGCGAAUAGGUAAUGUCUGUCUCUGGGCCUCGCGAUCUCGGAGUUGUUCGAGAGAGGUCUCUGCUAGGCUCAAUCGUUUAGCGGGCUGUGGUUCGCUUGCGUUGCUUGUGACGAGUUCUGCGCCUGCGGACACCAUCGUUGGUAGAGGCUCUUGUAGACGUGGCCCGCCUUUGACAGUUUGUCCCGCCCUCGUCCUGGUCGGUGUACGACUCAUAUCCGAGGACAGACCACUUUUCUCAUGCGUUGUACCUGGAGUCUCGGCAUUUUUGAUCAAGACUGGCCAGCGGUGGACUCUUCGCAGAAAGCCCUGGGUGUUCAUGAGCAUGAUACAGAGACAAACGCCACCGAGGUCCGUACUUUAACCACCCCGAAGCUGGUGAACCGGCGGACGUCGAUGCCUAGUUCUUGCACGCCGAACUCUUCCAUCCAUUCGAAGAUAGUGAUACCUGGUUUUAGUCGCGAGUACAGGUGCAGUAGCUUCGGCCAGUCGGGAGUAUCCCGAUCUACAGGAUGA